ACAUAAUUAAUGAGGAGGUAUUGAAUAGGAUUGGGGAGAAGAGAUGUUUGUGGCACAACUUGACUAGAAGAAGGGAUCGGUUGGUAGGACAUGUUCUGAGGCAUCAAGGGAUCACAAAUUUAGCAUUGGAGGGCAGCGUGGAGGGUAAAAAUCGUAGAGGGAGACCAAGAGAUGAAUACACUAAGCAGUUUCAGAAGGAUGUAGGUUGUGGUAGGUACUGGGAGAUGAUGAAGCUUGCACAGGAUAGAGUAGCAUGGAGAGCUGCAUCAAACCAGUCUCAGGACUGAAGACAACAACAACAACAACAACGCUAUAUGUUCCUCCUCACCUCUGAUUCUAUGAAUCUCCUUCACUAUCUUUCACACUGUAUUUACGUUGAUACCUACUAUUAAAAGCACUCACUCCAAUGUCUGUAUUACCAAAUUCCCUGGUUUUGCAGUGUGUAGCACAUUAUGAAUCUGGAAUCUGGUUUGAAAAAAAAAAAAAAUAAAAAAAUAAAAAAUAUGCCUGGAAUAUGUUCUCUUCAAUAAUGCAAAGCCUUUUGAAAUAAACAGCCAUAGUCCAAAUAUUUGAAGCUGCUAUGUAAUCUGUUAUCGUACAUGGAAUUUAGUUCUUUUUCUUUAAGUUGAUGUAGCUGAAAAUUAUUAUUGUGUGUGCCAAUAUAAAAUUUGAAGCAGACAUUGUCAAAUAUUCAGCAGCACUGCUCAAAACAGUUGCUUGGAUACAGCAGGUGUGACACGAGCCGGGUGCAUAAAAUCUGUAUUACUUUCGGAUGGAUUUACUACCCAGUAUAAACACAGGAACACAACCUUCCAAAAUUAUAAAAAUCACAUAAUACCUUUCUAUUCCUUCAGUAGAAUGGAAUUUCUCAGUCUCAUCAUACGGCAAAGUUAAAAAAAGUAGUAGUAUGAAAUUCGUUAAGGCCUACAUACCACAAAACAUGGCUUAUUUACCAAAAGUUAUUGCUGAAAAUGCAAGAACUUCUACAUGUUUCACAAAGUACUAUAUGGCAAAUGAAAAAGUGUUGCUCCAUUGAAGAAAGGAUGACAGGAGACUGCCCCACUCCUAAAAACACAACAUUGUCUCUAUGAGUAUUACAGCAUAUUCAGAGUUACAGUUCACUGCAACUCUUGACCAUCUAAUGGCAGUAAUUUAUCAAACAGAAAAUUUAGUUUCACAAUUAACACUUUCUACCAGAAAAAGAAUCUCUUACUACACUGAUCCCUUCAGACAAAUUGGAGUCACUGAACCUUCAAGAAUCCACGUGGAAUUAUCAAAAGUUGAAAAUAAGUGACAACUUGUAAAGUACGCCCACUGAAGUCAAGGUAGUCAUAUGGAAGAAAUUCCCUGUUCCAAAUCUAGUAAAAAAAACAUGCAUUUGCUUGGCUAUUCAGUCUGGUGUAUCCUUCAUCCAAGUACUCCUGCAAUUAAGCAUUCACCUAAUAUAGAUUGUUUUUGGAAAUUAAAAAUAACUCAGAAAUAUCAGUUGCACCGUCCAUAAAUUUAAGAUUCAUAGUAAUGAUACUGGUGACAACUAGGACAUUUUUGCGUUUUAGCAAUAUUAUAGUGUAGAAAUAUGUGAGCAGCAUGAAAUGCAUUAUUUAAUAUAACACACAUUAUAAAUUCUGUACAAAUAGUUAUCACUUCAAACAGGUAGAUGUACGGUACAAUAAUCUACAUAUUAAGGUAAUAACGCCAUUAGCUGUUAAAUGAACUGAACUGCACAUUGCUAUGAACAGUGAACAAUAUCCCUUUGUGUAGUAAACUUCAAGCUGUCAAAUACUUCUUCCCAUACAACUGUGCUUUCCUAUCAAAUGAUGGACAAUGAAUUUGAGUAUUCGGCUUAUAAAACGGAUUCAUUAGAUAUUUUAUGUAUGUUUCAUACAUCUCCAUGAAAAAGUUCUUAAUGCCGUCUUCAUUCUUCACGUCGUGAACCAUAACAAACCUCAUGUGACUUGCAGUAACAAACGCUGACACAAACCACUGAUUGAACUUAUCAAUGGACUUUAAAUACAUACUGUUUGUCUUCCACAUAUGCUCAUCCACUAAGUCAAGGGCAGCAUGGGCAAUAAAUUGAUUGAGAUGUCUAUGAUCUUCUUUCUUGACGUCUUUCGUUGCUGGUGUAAAUUCCAUUUCAAACACUGGAUUGUCCAUAUGGCCAACUAUAACGAAGUAAUAACUUCCCGACAUCGUUAUUUCUGUAAGUGUCAGUUCUUCCUGCGUGUUUGAUGUAUGUUCCUCCUAGAAAAAUCGGGUAGGUCUCGCCUCCAGCACGUUGUUUAUUUCAGCGUCCAUGACAGUUCUCAGUCAGCUGGUUGUUGUCACAUCACGUGCAAACUAAACUGAUGAUUUCUUUGUUCAGAGUCUGUUAAAAUACGACACAGCUUUUAUUGGUAUCAGAUUAUACCACCCAUCUAUUUCCUUAACACUACAUGACAUGUACUUCCGUUUCUUCCUACUUUGUUUUUAGUUUGUUUUGUUUUUAGCUUUGCUUAUAACCACUGAUGAAGAGAAAAUCUUUGGCCAGAGAACUCCAAGGAGGUUCGCUAAACUCUUGAAGGUGUAAACAUUGACAGUGUUAUACUAUCUUUGCGAAAUCUUCAAUGUGGUUUACGAAAUUUAGUUUGAAUGAUGUGAGGGGGUUGAAAUAUAGUGCAAAAUGACUGUUAUUUCGUUUAGGCGACAUCUUAUCCUAUUUCCACCACGGUAGCCGUAGAAUUACGAAACAUAAAUGCAUGUGUUCCGACAUUACAAAUUUCAUGAGGUAAUCUUGAACCAGAAUAUUAUCAGAAUUUUGAAAUUACCACUUAUUUCAUAUAGCCAGAGUAGGCUGACAGAAACAUUGAACAACUUAUUGUUGAACAUGCCGAAAGUUCCAAACCAUACCGCCGUCCUGAAACAGCAGAGACAAAAGCUGAAAGAAAAAGGGAAGAAGUAUGUGCCUGGUACAGUUAACAUCAAAGUACUUGGAAGUGGUGCGAAAGGGACGUCGCGGUCAUUGUAUGUAUUCACGGAUCAGUCAAGGUACCUGUUCAACUGUGGUGAAGGUACUCAGCGACUGGCACAUGAGCACAAAGCGAAGCUGUCUAAACUAGAACAUAUUUUUAUUACUCACCUUUCAUGGGACAACAUCGGAGGACUACCUGGAGUUGCUCUAACAAUACAGGAUGUAGGAGUUCCAGAAAUUAUAUUGCAUGGCCCACCAGGAACAGAUGAAAUAUUUUCAGCAACACGUCGAUUUGUUGUUCUGAAAGAUUUAACAGUGCAGCUGGCAGACCUGCAGAAUCAAGAAUUUGAAGACAAUGUCAUGACUGUUAAAUAUGUGCCCAUAUUUGAGGCCCAGUUAGACGAUGAAAACAAGACUGAUAUAACAAACACUUUUAACUCGAGAAAUGUUUCUAGUAUACUUGAUGGGAACUCAUCAGAUGAGACAGAUGAUAUUGAUUAUUACGCACAUGAGAAAAAACGUGCUCGUAGUUCUUCAAGAUCAAAAGACCGCAAGAGACUAUGUAAGAGUCCAGAGUCACCUAAAGCUGCUACCAUCAGUUCCGUUUGCAGUAUGGCAGUGUCAUACAUCUGUCGUUUAAAACCUCGCCCAGGAAGCCUCAAUCUAGAAAAAUGUGUUGAGAAAGGAGUACCCCCAGGCCCAUUACUUGGACGUCUGAAAUCUGGUGAAGAUGUUGAAUUAGAGGAUGGAUCAGUUGUAAAGUCAGCUGAAGUGUGCUUUCCGGAUGACCCAGGACCUAUUUUUCUUGUUGUGGAAUGUCCAUCUGAUAGCUUUCUGGACUCAUUCAUCAAUAAUCCCAUGUUUCGAGAGCAUCAAGCAGUAGCAGAGAAGGACGAAGAUCUGGCUUACCUCGUUGUACACUUUACACCACCAGAGGUCAUGAACGAUGUAAGGUACCGCAAAUGGAUGGAUGCAUUCUCACAAAGUACUUUCCACCUAGCAAUUAAUGAAGGAAGUACUUGUACAGGAAGCAUAGCAGUGCAUCGCAUCCAGAAUAAAUUGCACCAGCUUCAUCCAUUUAUCUUCCCAUUGCUUAAUGAUUCUGGAAUACUCCAUGAAGAAGUGGAACCUGAGACAACAGCAGCAUCACCAACUGCAGUAGCUACGCAACAGAAUGUAAUACAGGCCAGGACACUGUGUUCGGUUAAUUUAAGGCCGAACAGGAUGCUAGACAGUGAAUCUACCGUGAAGAUAAAUGUUAAAUCUUUUAUUGAAGAGAUAAAUGGUAUUGAAGGUUUCUCGGAAGCACUAGCUGAAUUGCAGGACCAGUUAAAAUCAUAUGACAAAGAUGUUGCACCAUAUCCUAAGAUUGUCUUUCUUGGAACAGGUUCUUGCAUUCCAAACAAAACUAGAAAUACAAGUGGAAUUGUCUUGGAAGUGAGUGACUCCAAGGUACUGAUGCUUGAUUGUGGUGAAGGCACCCUCGGUCAGCUGUGGCGAUUUUAUGGUGUGGGUGGUGCUGAAGAAAUACUGCGGAAACUUCAGUGUGUAUAUGUAUCCCACCUACAUGCAGACCACCAUUUAGGUUUGGUGGGCCUCAUUCAUGCUCGGCGAAGGGCAUACUGGGCUGCAGGCACCAGAUCUUUUCCACCUCUGAUAGUUCUUGCUCCUAAACAAAUAAUGGCCUGGCUCAGCUUCUACCACAGGAGAUUUCAGCCUCUGUUGCAUGAAAUACAACUUGUGCCAAACUCUGCUCUGGAAAUGGAAAAAUUUGGGCUGGAUGCUGAAGCUUCCAAAAAGCUCAUGGAAGCAUUAGAAAUGAACGAUAUCAGCACAGUGCCUGUCAAACACUGCCCAAAUGCGUUUGGUGUCGCACUUACUCAUUCAUCCGGUUGGAAGAUAACGUACUCAGGAGAUACUAUGCCUUGUCCACAGCUCAUUAAGUUAGGUCAGAACAGUGAUCUUCUGAUCCAUGAAGCUACCAUGGAAGAUGAGCUAGAGUCUGAGGCACGCUUAAAGAUGCACUCUACAACAUCAGAAGCAAUAGAAACUGGUCAGAAAAUGGGUGCAAAAUUCACUAUUUUGACCCAUUUCAGCCAAAGAUAUGCAAAAUUACCACGUUUUAACAACAAUUUUACAUCUAAUGUGGGCAUCGCUUUUGACAACAUGCAGGUUCGACUGGGAGACUUGCCAGUGCUACCAUUGUUUUAUCCUGUUCUGAAGCUGAUGUUUGCUGAAGAUUACGAAGAACUGGAACAGCGAGCUGUACGACGUCAACUGCGAGCUGAGCGUGCUGCUCAGCAAAAGCAGUCAGAAUCAUGAAUGGCAUGUUUGUUCAUACCAGAAAUAAAGCUCUAAAAUCUGUUUUGUAUUUAUGAGAAA